AAGCAGAGGGAGGUGUGUGUGUGUCUGACACAUAAAUCUGUAGUGGAAAUGUGUGUGUCAGGUGUGAAGCAUUGCGUCAGGGGGGUGUGUUGCAAUGGGGCGGGUCUACUGUGCUGUCAGUCAGUGGUGUGCAAUGAGCACGUGCGCCGGUCAUGAUUGGGGAGAGGUUGUGUGGCGGUUAUCUGGCCGACGGCUGGGAGAGCUGCAAGCGCUGCAACUCUACGAUGCUGUGUCUGCCUGCUGACUGUGUGUGUGUGUGUGUGUGUGCUCUGCUGCCAUCUGAAUCCUAUAGUGAAUAAUGCAGAGAGGAGCGGAGUCGAUAGCAGCUGAAUGAAUAAUGCAUGGUGCUGGGUUACUAGCACUGCUGUUAGCUUAGCCAUAGCUGGAGGGAACCUGUGGCUGACUGUCUCUGACUAUCUGUCUGACUGAUAAAAGGACAACAUGUCCCACUACCAUUUCAUCAAAUGCUGUUGUUUUCAGCUAUGUAACGUGUUUCGUCAGAACAUGGAGAUCGACCAGUGUCUGCUGGAGUCUCUCCCGUUUGGCCAGCGGCAGCGGCUGGUCAUGAGAAUGCGCUGUGACCAAAUAAGGGCGUACUACGAGCGGGAGAACACCCUGCAGAAACCGGGAGGCGGAGACAAGGUCAAAGCCCCGUCCACCAGCCACAGGAAGAGGCACCGCAUUUGCUUCAGCCUUUGUGAUGUCAUACAGGAUGCCAUCAUACGGCACGAUGACAAAGAAGUGCUGUGUCUGCUGAAGGAGGGAGCUGACCCCAACACUCCUAUCUCCUCUGGUGGUUCUCUUCUACACCUGUGUGCUCGCCAUGACAACGUGUUUGCUGCAGAGGUUUUGAUUGAGCGAGGGCUUAACAUCAACCUGCAGGAUGAGGACCUCUGGACAGCCCUGCACGUGGCAUGUGUGUGUGACCACGCCGACAUGGUGCUGCUGCUAUUGCUGGCUGGGGUGAAUGUUCUACUGCAGGAUGUGAAUGGGAACAUUCCACUGGACUACACCACCGAGGGAACUGAGACCAGCUACAUCAUCCGAAAACACCUGGAGGAAAACGUUCCAGGUGUAGAUGUGCCGUCCAUGCACACCAUGCGUACGCAGAGGCCCAGCACCAUGUUGUCUGAUGUUAGUCAGCUGGUCUCCAGCAGGGGCAGUCUCAACUUACGCAACGAUGACGGGGUCACUCUGCUCCACAUAGCGUGUGCUAGCGGCUACAGAGAGGUGGUGUCCGUGCUGCUGGAGCACGGGGUGGACCCUCAGCCCUCCGACAACAGCUAUUGGACACCUCUCCACCUGGCUGCCAAAUAUGGACAGACAAGCAUCGUUAGCCAGCUGCUGAAGCACAGAGCAGAUCCAACUCUCCUAAACUGCAACCAAGACAAGCCCUCAGGCAUAGCAGCAUCCGACCCCAUCAUGAACAUGCUGCUGAGAGCAGAGGAAUGCUGGGUAGAGAGACUGAAGGACCCCUCUGUCCCACCGGCCCCUACAGACAAACACUACGAUGGAGGCGAACACGACCACACCAUCCCUGUCAAGAACCUGACCCCCCUGUCCAUGCCCCUCUCUAAGAGGGACAGUCUGUUGGAGAAGUGUGCCAUGUUCAGGGAGUUGGGAGGGGGGCUGAGCAGAUAUCCUUCACAGGACAAUGGUCUAGAUGGAUCCACAGGACCCUGCAAACUGGAGCAGGUGAAGCUGAUGCCUCCGGCGCCUAAUGAUGACCUGGCGUCUCUCAGUGAGCUCACAGACAGCAGCCUGCUCUACGAGAUGCAGAAACGCUUUGGCAACGACCAGAUAUAUACCUACAUCGGACACAUUCUCCUCCUGGUCAAUCCGAACAAAGACCUCCCCAUCUACUCUACACUGGUGAGUCAGUUGUAUCUGAGUUCUUCAGGGCGUUUGUGCUCCUCUCUGCCUCCUCACAUCUUCUCCUCAGCAGAGAGGGCCUACCACAUGAUGCUGCAGGAGCGACGCCCACAAUGCUUCAUCCUCAGUGGGGAGAGUGGUUCUGGGAAGACGGAGGCCUGUAAACACAUAGUGAGACACCUGGCAGUGAGGUCCAACCCCAAAGGCUUCUCUCUUGAGCCCAGGAUGAAGCACGUGAACUGUAUCCUGGAGGCAUUUGGUCAUGCCAGUACUCCUGUGAAUGACAACUCCAGUCGCUUCAUCAAACUCCUCAGCCUGCAGUACUGUGACAAGAGAAGGACACUACUCAGAGCGAGGAUAUACACGUACAUGCUAGAGAAGUCACGGGUGGUCCACCUGCCUAGUCAGCAACACAACUUCAACAUCUUCUACCUGAUGGCUGAAGGCUUGUCGCCUGAGGAGAAGUGUGCCCUGUACCUCAAUAACAUCCUAGCUCACAGGUACCUGACUGCAGGUGUUCCAGCAGUAGAUUCCCCUCCUGUGGCCACUGCCUCAACUCAGAGUAGAGACCGUCUCACUGCAAUCAAACAGGCCCUCAGAGCACUGGGCUUCAAUAAACUGGAAGUGGACAGUGUGUUUAUGCUGCUGUCAGCAGUGCUGCAUGUUGGGGACCUGUGCUUCACAGCCCUGACAGACGCUGAGAUAGCCUACCCCUCUGACCUGCAGCUGCUGGAGCGAGUGUCUGGAAUGCUACAGGUGUGUUCUGAUGACCUGAGUACUGCCCUCACCUCUGAUGUGCAGUACUUCAAAGGUGAUGUCAUCACACGCCGCCACACGGUGGAGAUGUCAGAGAACUCCAGAGACCAGCUGGCUAAGGCUGUGUACGGACGUCUCUUCAGCUUCCUAGUCAACAACAGUAACUACUACCUACAGGGACAGGACCACAGCACGGGAGAUCCAGCGCUUGAGAUUGGAAUCCUGGACAUCUUUGGAUUUGAGGAAUUCCAGAGUAAUGGAUUUGAGCAGCUGUGUGUGAACAUGACCAACGAGCGUGUGAGGCUGUACGUCUCAGAGGUGCUGUUCCAUCAGGAGCAGGCCGAGUGUCUACAGGAGGCCAUCGCCAUGGAGACGCUCCGGUCGCCCAGCAACCAACCUGCUGUUCUAGACUUCUUCCUGAAGCCUCAGGGUCUGCUGUCUGUGAUGGAUGAGGAGAGCCAGUCGCUGAGGCCUACAGAACAGACCCUCUACAAGAGACUGCAGUCACACCUCGACAACACACCCACACAUGGUAUCUCCUUGACAACCAAGGACGGCAACGGCAACCCCCCGCCCAUAGACCAGGGUCCUGCCUUCACUGUGAAACACUACACAGGCCAAAUGGCCUAUGACCUCACAGGAACACUGGUGAAGAACAAGGACUCCCUCCCCCAAAACCUGCUUCUUGUUCUGAAGUCCAGUGAGAGUGUGUUGGUGCAGCAGUUGUUCAAGUCCAAGCUGACCCAGACUGGGUCUCUGGUACCGGGCCAGGCCAGAAUGGCUCUGAGAGGGACCAAAGCAGCCCUGCUCCUUCACAGGAUGUCAUCCCCCUCCAGCCUCUCCCCCGCAGGCCGCGAGCCUCGGAGGUACCUGGACCUCACCAAGCUCUUGAAGAAGAAGGGAGCGACCUCUUUCCUGCAGAGGCUGGAGAGGUGUGGUCCAGUUACGGUCGCUGUGCAGCUGAGGAACUCUCUGUCAGAGGUGGUCAGUAAGCUACAGGCGUGCACCCCUCACUUUGUGGAGUGUGUACGUCCCAACAGCAGUGACAUGGCGGACAGCUUUGACAGUUGCCACGUGUCUACCCAGCUGCAGUACGUCGGGGUGCUGGAGAUGGUUCGGAUGAUCCGCUAUGGCUACCCUGUACGCCUGCCCUUCCACAGCUUCCUCACCAGGUACAGAGACCUAGUGGACACCACUCUAGCUGACAAGAAGAAGCUUUCAUCAGAGGAGAAAUGUUGCUUUGUUCUGCAGCAGUGCAAACUCCAAGGAUGGCAGAUGAGCAACAGUAAGGUAUUUCUGAGGUACUGGCAAGCUGACCAGCUCAACGACCGCUGCCACCAACUACACAGGAAGAUCAUCAUCUGCCAGAAAGUGAUCCGUGGCUGGCUGGCCAGGCAGCGUGUGCGCCAUAGACUGUCGUCCCAGCCGACUGAGGACCGCAGUAUCCAGAGGUUCCUCCAGGGGGCAGAAGACCAGGGCCUAUGCACCUACGACCACCUGGUCAUCCAGAACGCCUCUGACAUCGCCCGCGAGAGCAACCACCAGCGCUGCCAUGGCAACGGGUCACACAGCAACAGUCCGCCCCUCGGUGAGAGGCCCGAGCCAGUUGGCGAAGAGGAGGACACCCCCAAAAGGGUUGUGGAGAAGGGGAGAAACCAAGACGGUUCUGUCAAUGGGGGGAGACGGAAUAUCCGCCACUUCCGCUCCAGCUCAGUGCCCAUCCCCCUGGUUAUAGAGAACUUGGUACAUUCCAGCCAUGGCCCAUCCACCAGACCGGCCCUUCAACAGGCGGCCCAUACCACUGAGGAUGGGGGAGGCCUGGCAUCACCACGGAAACAGCCUCCCCCUAAACCCAAGCGGGACCCCAGCACUCGUCUGAGUGCGUCCUACGAGGCGGUCAGUGCCGGACUGACACUGGGACCCCCGAGAGAGAGCCCAACUCCUGAAGGCUAUGGGUCCCCUGCAGGGAGCCCCCCCAAAACACAGCUGUCACCUACUGAUGCUCUGUCCAAGCCGCGACCCCACAGUGAUGACUACACAACCAUGAGGAAGGUGCCUCCUCCCAAGCCCAAGAGGAACCCCAACACCAAGCUCACUGGCUCCUAUGAAGAGAUCAACGCUGCCGGCUUUAACCACCUCCAGCUCCGCCCCACUGAUGUCAAACUGGCCCUGCUGUCCCGCACUGGAGGGCUAGGGGGUAUGGGGUGUCUGAGAGGGCUGAUACAGCGUGCAGCGUCUGUGGACGGCCCACAGGGCGCGACACUGAGCCUGCACCAUAACCAGGAUGAGGAGGAUGUGUACAUAGAGAUGGUGGGGGCUCAAGGCAGGAGUUACAGUCUGGGAGGGAGUUACCAGGACCCCCCCGACAGCCCCGAGCAGGGAGACACCGAGGCCGUCUACGAGGAGAUGAAAUACUUCCUUCCCGAGGAGGCGGGACUUCCUGUGGGAGGGGCAGUUGCUGCGUCGAAGGCAGCUGGGAAGCUGGAGGCGUUAGGGUUGAUGUUAGGGGGGUUAGGGUUGGGCUUGUCUCCCUCUCAGAGUGGAGAGGGGAAGAGGGCAGGGCUGGGGGGUGUAUCUACUUCCAUCGAGGCCCAAACAUCUGCCCCCGGAGGAAACAGCAAGCCCCCUCAUAGUAAAGAAGGAGGGUGUGACAUCCCUGCACCAUUCCCCAACCUGCUCACCCACCGCCCCCUCUCCUGUGUUCCCCCCUCCCCUGUCACCUGUUCACCUGCGUCUGACGAGUCGCCCCUCACCCCUCUGGAGGUGAAGAUGCUGCCUGUGUUUGAGUCCAACCUGAACUACGCCGGCCCAGACAGCCCCCUCUCACCUCAGUACUACCGCCAGCGCGCUGACUCCUCCCCCUCGCUUUCCGUCCUCCUCCCAGACAAGCCCAAUCCUCCCCUCACCCCUCCGCCUCCCCCUCCUCCCGCCAAUGCCCUGCCCCCCUAUCGCCCCCUCCCACUUUCCCUUCCCCCAGAGUCCAGCAUACUCUCCCUUACCCGGGCUGCUUCUAUCACAGGUGGGGGUGGCUUGGAAUCUCCCAAGCCCUCCUACGCCUCCUCGUCUCAUAGGGCUGCGGGGGACAAGCCCCCUCCCUACUCUCCGGCCAAGUCCACCCGCCCAGAGCCGCGCCGUGCCCACUCCUGCUCAUCCUCGCCCCUGCUGUUCAACCCAGCCAACGGGAGACCCCUGACCAGCCCUCAGCCAGCCCUGGAUGAGCUCAACACCCUGUUCAGCUCUGGACGCAGCCUGCUCAAGAAGACCACUACAGGACGCAAGAUGAGGGAGGGAGGGUUCAACUCCAACAUCAACCUGCCAGGGAGAGAUGAGCACCCAGGCUCCACCCCCUCCUCCCUGUCUCCACAGCUACAGGACAAGAACGCCAACAACCACGCCCCCCACCCACCAAGCCACACCCCCGUAGAGAAUGGCAACCGGCUGUCUAAUGGUUCAAUGGAAGAUGAGGGUCACAUCAAGUCAAACUCCUCCAGCUCAUCGUCUCUGCACAGACAUAUGGACAGACAUCACACCCAGAGGGGUCAUCUCAACUUCUCACCCUUCGGUGCAGGGGCUGCGCUCUAAGGCAGGGGGCGCUGGGAGCACCCCUCACGUUUAGGGACGAGGUGAUCCAACAUCUGCGUGGGUGUGGAGGAAACGCGGGUGCUGACCUGGGGGAGGGGCGGGCCGACUGGAGGACCCAACGGGACACCAACGGAACACUACGAAACCCGGACAGUACGCUGGCCUGGGCCAAUAGGAGGUCCUCUCCAUAGUGGGAGAAUGGCCGAUCGACCACCCCUCUCCUCUCCUCACACAUCCUCUCCUGUCUACACCCUGCCUCCUGCCCCUCCCUCCUGCCCAGGUCUGCCACCCCAUUGGGCAAAGGAUAGGUCCAUCAGAGAGUGAGACAAUGCAUAAGAUAAGACAAUCCAACCGACAAGAGCAUUUAAAAGAAAGGAGGGAGAAAUGGAAUAGAGCAGCAAUCACAAUCCAUGUCCCUCCUUCCUCUCUCUCUCUGUCUCUCUCAGUCUCUCUCUCUGUCUCUCUGUCUCUCAGUCUCUCUCUCUCUCUCUGUCUCUCAGUCUCUCAGUCUCUCAGUCUCUCUCUCUCUCUCUCUCUCUCUCUCUCUCGCUCUCUAAACCUGAUAGUAGGAGGGGGCUUGGCGUGACAGAGCAGGGAUUGCAGAAGUUCUGUGAACAGGGACUCUCCUCCAGCUCAGAACCCAGAGAGGGAGCCUCGUCAUUGGGCUAGAUCUGUGCCUAUGUGCAGAACAGAGCAUGUGUAUACCCCCCUGUACAUAUCCUCUGUUGAAUCUCACUGGUCUGGUGUUCAGAACAGUCACCAUAUCUAGGACCAGGACGUUUUCCAGAUCAUGUGAUCUGAGUAGGUAAAACUCCUGUCUAGUCCUCUGAACUCCUUCAGGUAUCAGCUACCGCUUUAGCCUCGCACAGGCAACUAGGUGCUUCAGGUGCUUCUGUAACCCUGGCAACAAUAGAUCAGAGGUCAAGGAAACCCCAAGGUGCACUUCUUUCACCCCCUGCUAGCCACCAGCCUUUCGCUUUAGCACAAAACUAUAUGGAAGAGCCACAACAAACACCAUACUGAGUGCAGAUAUGUACUGCCCCCACUGGCCCAGUGAUGGAUACUAAUCCCAGAAAACACGAUGGGGAUAGUAGCUAGUUCAUGUAGAAAGAACGCCAUUGGUCAGAUUGUAUCAAUGUUCUGUAAGGUUUUUACUGGCCUUAGUGCCAUAUAACAGGAGGCCAGUCAAACUCAGCUACAGAUAAUGUAUUUUACUGAUGAGUUAAUGUGUAAAGCACACAAACAGACUGAAUAGGGAACAGUGUAGAUGACCAACACACAACUAUCUCUGGCAGUCCCUCAAUGUACUUCUUAUCUCAUAGAAAUAAACUGUAGUUUCUUCAUAUUAGUACUUUAUUCAUAUUAUUUUCCCAUUAGUGGCACCUGAAUCAUUUGAUGUGUUACAUCUUAUGUAAAACAAUGUUAGGAGUCUACAAGUUUCUGUAGAAUUCAAGGCUGCAACUCAAGCACAACUGAGUUCUCAAGUAAAGCUACCCUCAACCUCCUCAUUCCCCCACCCUGUCUCCUCAUUACCCUCCCAACCUCAAUAAUAUCCCAUCACCGCCUUCAGGAUGCUGUAGGGGUUAGAGGGCGUUGCCAGGGUAACCUCCCUGUAAAUAAUGGCUGACAUUUAAUGUGGUUUUGACUAGAUGAGCUACAGCAUAUGUCAGAAUAGACUUUUCAUAGCAGGUUAGAAGAAUGUACGCAGCAGGUUAGGAGAAUUAGGUUGUUAGGAAAAGGGUUAGGGUUAGCUAAAAUGCUGUAUCCCAUCUAGCCAUGACCAUUUAAUGUCCAAAUGUUUUAUUUACUAUAGCAGAAGAGCACAGAAAUGGAAAGAUGGAAAGAGAAAAUUGUCUAUAUGGAAGAUAGUUUCAUGCAAUGACUGAGGCAAAGAGCAGAGGUUUAUUUUAUAAUGUGAAUACCUUUUUUUGCCAUAUGAUUGCCUAUUGAUAUGAAACUUCUUUAUACUGCAUUUAUCUUGUGUGCUUGUUUGUUUCCCUGUGACUCCAUUGUAAAACUGUUCCAGUGGAGAAAGA